AUGGAUAUUUUUGGCUAUAGCUUUACUCCAUGUUCUCCGGCAGUCAAGCAGCCUCAAGCGGUGGUGAGCCACACGCCCAAUAUGGCCCUAAUUACCAAUGGCGUUGCUGAGCACAGGGGUGAGGUGCACCCCAUUUCCACCCACUCGGUCAUCCCACCUUCUUCGAAACAGCCAUCUGCAGGUCAGUCAAAUGUUAAUAGACAGAUGUUAACGAGGUUUUAA